AUGGAGGAAACAAUUGCGUCAAGUGCUUUGGGGGAUGGCACUAUAUGUGCCAAACAUCCGACUCUUUUGCGAGCUUUGACGUCGGGUAGUGCACAGCCGUCGUCCUCGAAAGGACUUCCUGAACCAGCAGCAGAGGCUGCCACUGAAUGUACCAAAGAUCCGACUCUUCUGCAAGCCUUGACGUCAAGCAGUGCGCAACCACUGACUACGGAAGAAGUCCUUGUGUCGGCGCCAGAAGAUGGCAGUGACUGUACCAAAGAUUCCGCUCUACAAGCUUUGACGUCAAAUGCGCAACCAACGACUUCGAAAGGAGAUCCUGAGUCAGAGACAGCUAUGGAGGGAAAUUCCACACGCCCCCCGCAUCAUCUGCAGCUUUCGGGUCAUCUGUUUUAUGGAGUGCUUGAGGCCAGUCAAAAGGGUAUUCAUCCUGUUAUCAGAUACUCCAUCCCAGGUGGAGAGUAUUGUUAUGCUUUUGAAUACGUGCGUACCGCAAAGCGAAGACAACUGGUAGUCUACCGUUGCACUUCAUGCAGGAGGAAGGGCAUUACCAUCAACAUUGCGGUGCAGAAUGGGUGCGAGUUCAUCGGAGAUCCUGCCGAAGCUCCCGCACGUGUGCAAACCGUUGGAGAAUGCAAAGGACCAAGUGCAGCGAAUGGUUCGUGCCGAGCCAUUGCAACGGAUCCACAGCUUGCAAAAGCGAAACCUAAUCAGCUUUGGAAGAGUAUAGCUCAGUUCAUUGACAAUAAUGCUCCUGAUGAUGACACUCAACGUAGUGAGAUGCUGAAGCAGUUUUACAGAAACGGAUACAAAUCUAGGAGACGAACAAUUGCAAGAGCCGCUGCGAAACUCCGUCGUGCCGUAGAGGAGAAAGUGAAAGACGAAGCAGAUGGAACAGAAAAUUCCGUGAAAACGGAACAGUAG